CGCGCUCCGCUGGCCCCGAUGAGCCACAACAGCAGCAACAACAGCUCGGUGCGACGCCCAGAUAGCACCGUCAAGCUCAAUGCCUCGCGGUCCUUCUCUGCCACUUCCGACAACUCGGUAUUACAUUCUGGUACCGUUCAGCAGCGAUCGAAAAGCGCGUCGCCCGUCAAGCAGAAAGAGACGCUGGAAUGGAAGCGGAGGCUGCUCAAGGGUCAAGUGGGCUAUGGCGACCAGACAGAUCUAUUCGGUCCUUCGGCGUUGGAAAACAUCUUUGCGACUCCGCGCGAGCCUGAGGCCAAAGGUAAACCACGAAGCAGCAUGAGCUGGCUGAACCAAUCAGCUGUGAACAGCAUGCCGUCUAGUCCACCGUCAUGGCAGUCGCGGCGAGAUGACAGUGGGCAGGAGAGUAGCAGAGAGGAGGAGGGCAGAGAAGAGGAGCAAAAUGGGCAAGACGAACAAGACGAGGACGAGGACGAGGCUGAAGAAGAAGACGCGGGAGAAACGUUCGUGAGCAAUCCAUUUGACUUGGACGAGUCUGAGCUACGACGAGAUGACAGUGUAUCGGAGGCGAGGCAACACCAUCCCCUGUCGAGCCCUGAACGACUGGAACCUACCGACCAUAAUAUGAUUGGCAACAGGACGGUCAGUGGGCAGACGGAGUGUGAAGACUUCAGCCCCGUCUUCAUUUCCAAGCACACCUCCGUGAAUGGCCACGUGAACUACAAGGCUCUCGACUCUCAUCUCGACCAGUCCGAGUUCACAGAUGGCCCGGAAAGUGAGCUCCCUGCACUUCCAGAUCUAUCGCUGUCGGAGAAUUUACCCACAGGGACGCCUCCAUCAGUGGCUGGCUUGACAGGCCAUGUACAGACGAGGCGGGGUGGGUACUCUGCACAAGGCUCCUUCAAGGAGAAGCCGCUCAGUCCAUCGCCGUCACGCCCAGAAUCAUCCAUGGCCCGCGAUGCUAGCAGUUUUCUUUCGCCCGCCUCCGCCUCCGACCGCAAGCAUGUCCCGUUGCAACCGCCGCUUCGAAACCCUAGUACUCCAGUCCAGGCCGAUCCCCCUUCAGAGGCUCGCUCAAGGUCUUCCGGAAGCCCACUGAAGCUCUUUGGACCUCACGAUACAUUCACUAGCAAUCGGCUGCUGCGUCGCAUGAGUCAGCUUGAUCCUGACCUCUCUGCCAUACGAUCUGAAGAUGCCAGUGAGCUGCAAGCAGAAAAGAGAGACCAGCGUCUGCCAAGCGGCACCCGUAAUAUAUCGGCAGCUUCUUUCGGCAGUGGCAACCUCAGUCAUCAUCGAUUCAACGCUGAAAUCACAAUCACAAGUGCUUCUGACUCCGAUGAUCAGAACGACAGUGAUCGCUCUCCCGCUUCAGAUGUCCCGCCUCCUGGAGCUCGGUCUCCCAUGAUGUUCAAGCUCGAGACCUCGCCCGUCGUACGAGACACAUUCAAGCUGAAGCGACGACGAAGUGUCAUGACCUCUGCUGCCUCCACGCUCAACACCGCGCCGAAGAAAUCCGUGGCUCUGCAAGCAACGGCAGAGGACAUCAAUGAUCUCAACAAGACACUCCAGAAACCUUCGGAGAGCAUCUUCGCUAUGGGCAAACGGCCCCCGAACUCUCCCUACAAAGCGCCAACGCCCAAGCGUCGAAGAACAUUACACGCCUCUGAGCUGCAGGAAGAUGCGGCAGACUUCAAUCGUUCAUUCCAUAACAACCUUCAAGACGCCAUAUGUGCCCAGAAGACUACAAGCCAGAGCGAACGCAAAGUUGAUGAGCUGCUUGAGGCCCUACGACCUCGAAAUCCGACCCCUAGUGAGCGUCGCCGAGUGCAAAUCGAGGCAGAGAUCAAGGAAGUUGCCGAGCAAUUCGCGACCGAGGCACCUGAGGAGAUGGAAGCCAUCAUGGAGGAGGUGGAAUCUUCAAUGGCAACCGGAACCCCUCCCUCGAUUCAGCAGCAAGCUCGCACUGUCGCCGGCCAAGUUGCCAAGUUUAGUCUACGGGUACAAAAGGCAUCUGGCGAUCAGACCGAGCGGAAGAGGUCUGUCACGACACAAGACUUCUUCAACGAGGCAGUAAUGGUCAUGCGUCUGAUUCGGGAGAAGGCAGGCCGACAAAGCGGCCUGGGGAGCGUCGCCGAAUCUGAUCAGGAAGGAAACAGCCAAGACUUGGACCGCUCUGAACAGGACCUCUCAGCAUUGCGUGUGUCACGACCACCUUCUCGCGAGGUGCCAAGUGGCUGGAGAGCUAGAGUCGAGCAGACGGAUGUCAGAGUAAUGAGCCACCUGCGACGGUUCCAGGAAAAUGAUGACACCGAGUUUAUUGCUGACUCCGUCGGCUCCAUCGAAGUGGAAGAAGAGGAAGAGGAGGAAUACGGCGAAGACUAUGUGGCCAUCGAUGAGCACUCCAACAUUCGUAUCAAGGGACCCUUCCCUCAGAUGGUUGCGGAAGAUGACUCCUCUCGUCCUUCAUCCCAGCGAUCCAAUCAAUCUGCAGCGUCGCACGGCUCUGCCGCCACCAGCACCGGCAGAACGCUUCACACCUCUUCGACGCGAAAGUCGGACAACGUAGGUGUUCUGGCUCCUGAGCACGUUGCCCACCUGAUUGGCGAGCAAGUUGGUGGCAUGGUAUAUGACAAGGCUAGGCAGCAAUGGGUGAAGACCAAAAGUCCACAAAAGCCUGUGCAUGGGAGCUUCCUGGAGCCACCAAGCGACAUCACAAGCGAUGACGAUCCAUUCCGCGAGAUCUCCGACUUGCCCGUGGACGAACAGAAAGAGGAAGAGAUCAGAAAGGUCAGCACUCAGGGCCGAAGACUAAGCGCUCUUCCAGAUAAUUUCGCGGAGCCUACAGUGCCAGAAGCACAAGAUUCCGCGCAACAACAACCAACAGAGUCGCGUAUUACAUCGCAAGAGACUGUUGUUGCUCGGCCAUCGACUAGAGGCAGCAGCAAAUCUCGGCGCACACAUUCUAGCUCAGAUCCCUCGAAGUACACGGCACUCCACUCUAGCCAACAGCAUACGGAUGAGACCCGUGCUACAUCGUGGGGAGACGACGAACUCUACCGCCUGGCUGUCGAGGGCAAAGCGAAGCGGCAACCAUUGGCCUACGCUGCCGCUCAGGCGGCUCUGUCGCAACGUCAGCAGGCGAACACACAUCCCAGGCAGGCGAGUGUCGAGAGUGAUGAAACUCCCUCCGCGGUGCCUGAGCCUUUGAUGGUCGGACAGCAAUCCAGUCUGGAUGAUGACCGCAUCGGAGACAGUACCCUCGACGAAGUCAAUCAGCAAACAGAAGAGCUUGCCGACCUUCCAGAUGAGACCGCAUUGGGUCCGGAUCACUUUGAAAUGGUACCCAUUAAUGCUCCAAAGCUGCGCAAGACUCCUGCCAAAGUGCAGUUCUCCUCGACGUACAGCAAGCCCUCUCGAAAUCUGUCGCUACGCCGUCGAACGCUGACAACCCGCUUUCCGGACGCCGAUGCCACGGAGCAAAGCGAGGUAUCUUUCGUCGCUUCCUUGCCAGGGGAGCGCAUGAUGAGUGUAUCACUAAGCGUUUCGCGUCCACUGAGCAAGCGACAGACAAUGAGCCAUGUUUCUGAGCUUCCGUCGUCGCCCGUCAAGUAUGAGCCAAGCUAUAUCUUGAGCGAUUUGCCUGACUUCACUGUCCAGGAAGAGGAUUUCGAGCGGCCAUCGGAGCGUGCGUUAGCACAGCGUCUUGCCAAGCAUGCAGCCGAAGAGGCGGAUGAUCGCUACGCUUUGGCUGUCAAGGAUCUGGUCAGGACUCUCGUCGACGUAAAGUCCGAAGAGCCCUAUUGGGAGGAGAUCAAGCAGCUGGAUCUGCACGCGAAAGGAGUCGCCUCGCUGCACGGCCUCGACAACUUCUGUGGGCGAGUCCAGGAAAUGGAUGUUUCCAAUAAUCAGCUCGGCUACCUUGAUGGUACUCCAUCGACGUUGCGAACACUGGUGGCGAAUCACAAUAUUCUGAGCAGCUUGACCCCAUGGAAUCAUCUCAUCAAUCUCCAAUACGUGGACAUUUCCAGUAACCGGCUGGACAGCUUGAAGGGUCUCGAGUGUUUGGUCCACCUUCGCGAUCUCAAGGCAGAUGACAAUCAGAUCACCAGUCUUGACGGAGUACUAGAUUUAGACGGGCUGCUCAAACUGAGCCUGCGACGGAAUCGGAUACGAUCGGUCGACUUCGGAGGUAGCUAUCUGCAACGACUGGAGGAACUCGAUCUGUGCUCAAACGAGAUCAGGAGUGUCGAUGGUCUGGCGGACCUCAGCUCACUUACGAGCCUGCGAUUGAACAACAAUGCUCUCUCCAAGACGCUUCUGCUGGACCAGUCCAUGCUACGGUUGAAAUACCUCUCGAUGCAGAGCUGUGGACUGGAACAGCUCGACGUUGGCCACAUGUCGGCGCUGCGCACUCUUCUUUUGGACGGUAAUCGGUUGCAAUCCAUUACUGCACUCGACAGCUUGAAGACACUCGACACGCUGUCAAUGCGCAAUCAGAGCUUGCCCAGGUCCGCGGUGGUUCAUGUCCUUGAGGAAGCUUGCCACGCUCGUAAAAUACGCCUGUCUGGGAACAGUCUUCCUUGUCUCGAGUUAGUCAGGAGUCUACUCAGCCUGCAGCAUCUCGAACUCGCAUCUUGUGGGCUGCAGUGCCUUCCAGACGACUUUGGGCUCAAGCUGCCGAACCUGAUCUCUCUGAACCUCAACUUCAACUCGCUCAAGGAUAUCCGGCCUCUACUGAACGUCCAAAAACUGGAACAGCUCCAGGUCUGUGGCAACCGGCUCGAUCGUCUGCGAAAAAGCGUUGCAACGCUGUCCAAAAUAGCCACGCUUGCCUCGCUGGAUAUGCGUGACAAUCCCCUCAGUCAAGGCUUCUAUCCACCUAUUUCCAAUUCUACGUACUCCACAAUCCAGACAAGUGUUGUGCGCCGGGAACCACACAGCGUCGUAUUUCGUGAAGUGGAGAAUGAAGAUGACGAGGCCGAAAACGUGGAGCAGGGGAAGUAUAUGUUACCAGCGCGAGAGCACGCGCAGGAUAUGGUACAUUACGAUCGAUUAGACGAGAGCACGAAACUGCGAAGGCGAGUCUGUCAUCUCAUGCUUGGGCACAGUUGUAGUUUGCUUACCGAAUUGGAUGGAAUGGCGUUUGAGAAGAAGGACGCGAUGGUGAAGGACCGAAUAUGGGAUCGAUUGAUUGAGCUUGGGAUCAUGAAGAAGUCGGGAAAGAUUGGUUUGAAGAAUGAAGAGGAUACGCCGUAGGAUGGUCAUCAGUACUGGAUCCAUGGUCUCGGGCCCGUCUCUUUUCGUGAUUCAACCACCGUGGUGCGAUGAACAGGUGAAUGCGUCGCCACGGUCUUUUAUGGGCUUUUCGGGCGUUUUGGGGGCGUGUCUAGCCCGGCGUGGCAUUGUAUGAACUAUUACGGCAGUUGUAUGAAGUAUGAAGAACGAUGAAAGCACG